CAAGGAAUGAUCCUUUGUUUUCGUUAGCCUCUAUCAGAUAACCAGAAAGGAUGGUCAUGUGGAUGGCUCUCGAGUAGAGCAGAAGACCACAGACAUUUCCUGCAACAGUUCACUUUCUUGGCGAAAGUGGCUCACAAAAUUGGUGUUGUCUAACUCUGGUCUAAUUACAGUUAGUACAUGUAGAUGAAGGAAUCGUGCCUUGGAGAACUUACUUCUUACCUGCCCAAAAGUGAAAAAUGAAGACCUGGUUCUGCCAUUUACCUAAAACAAGGUUUUCUAAACUCAAAAUGGUUUUCACAAACAAGGUUUUGACGAAAACCAUUUUUGGAAGGAAUUCAUCCAAACGCCACGAAGUUUUUUCUUUUCUUUUGUAAUUCAUUACUUGAAGGCUUCCUUCUCUUUGACAGUCAUGAGCAGAAAUGAAAUAUGCUCCGUAAGAGGAUAAACGAAAUCAAUGGUGCGUGAAGAAUGUUAAGAGCGUAUGCAGUGUUACAACUAGAGUUUCCCUCCACAAAAACGACGCGUCAAGGUGACGGGACAGGUAGAUGUCCUCCCUCCAAAUCUCGCCGAAUUCCAACGCUCUCCUGCCGCAGCCGCCAUGGCGCCGGCACCGCCUUGCCCGAAGAACGCAGCCCGCUUCAAUUCGACGCUGUGCGCGUGCGCUCCGGGCUACCUGAUGGAAGCCGGUGGCCGGAAUUGUACACUUAGCCGGACAUCGAGCAACAGCGUGAUGGUGGAAUUUGGGGUUUCAUUACUCGCACACUUCCCCAACUCCCAUCUUCUCCUCCAACUCCCUGAAGUUCACCCAAUCUCAGGCCCUGUUGCGCUCAUAGUUGUGCUCUCGUGGAUAACUUUCGCCGUUGCCCUCGGCGCCGGUAAGGUCCACGGCAGAAGCACGGCGUGGUUCAGGUUAAGGCAUUGGAUCAGUCAGAUGUACUCUGCCACUCCACGCAGCAUAUGAUCGAAGUAGCUGCUUGGGAUGCAGAUGCAGUUGAGAGGCGCUUGGAAGGCCGACAGCAAGAAGGAGAUGAAGCCCAUCAGCAUCAGCUCUGUUGCACCAGUUCAAAACACCCACAUCAUUCACAUGUC